AGAAACGAAACUUGCAUUGUCUCGGAAAUGAAACUUACCGGCGUAGUGGAGUAACGUUAACCACAGCCAGAUUUGCCUCGAAAAAAAACAUCACUCUGUGACGAACUCAAAACGAGUCCACUUCGCCGUUUUGGUUUGUUAUCGUGAUACUUAGAAACUAUUUUGGCAUUUUAAAGCCGUUUAAGGAUGGAGAAGAUGAGUUACACGUUCAGUCAGCAAUAUGAGGAAAAAAUCCGUCCUUGCAUCGACACCAUCGACAAUCUACGGUCUCUGGGAGUCGAAAAGGACCUGGCGCUGCCUGCCAUCGCCGUCAUUGGAGACCAAAGCUCGGGGAAGAGUUCAGUUCUCGAGGCGCUGUCUGGAGUGGCGUUACCCAGGGGUAGUGGAAUUGUUACAAGAUGUCCUCUUGAGCUCAAGAUGAUAAGAAGUAAAGAUGAAGACAAAUGGCAUGGGAGAAUCAGCUACCAGGACAUACAGGAAGAUAUUCAUGAUCCAGCAGAAGUGGAGAAAAAGAUCCGUGAAGCUCAGGAUGAGAUGGCUGGAGUAGGUGUUGGUAUUAGUGAUGAACUCAUCAGUCUGCAGAUCACCUCUGCCAAUGUCCCUGACCUCACUCUCAUUGACCUCCCUGGUAUCGCACGAGUGGCUGUCAAGGGGCAACCGGAGAAUAUUGGGGAUCAGAUUAAGAGACUGAUCAGGAAGUUCGUUACAAAGCAAGAAACGAUUAACCUGGUCGUGGUGCCAUGCAAUGUUGACAUCGCAACCACAGAAGCGUUAAAGAUGGCUCAGGAGGAGGACACUGAAGGCGAAAGAACAUUAGGCAUCUUAACAAAGCCGGAUCUGGUGGACAAGGGCACCGAAGAGACAGUUGUAGACAUUGUGCACAAUGAGGUCAUUCACCUUACUAAAGGUUACAUGAUUGUGAGGUGCAGAGGACAAAAAGAGAUUUUAGAUCAAGUCACUCUCAAUGAGGCCACAGAAACAGAGAAAGCCUUCUUCAAAGAUCAUCCUCAUUUCAGCAAACUUCAUGAAGAAGGUUUCGCUACUAUUCCCAAGUUGGCUGAGAAAUUAACAAUUGAGCUGGUUCAUCACAUUCAGGUAAAAAAAAAAAUAUAUAUAGCAGAUAUUCCGAACCGUUUUGAGAUGAAGCUACACAGGAAUAACAUCUUGGAGGAGUCUUACAGACGAAUCAUGUCCCUGAAGAGACCCGACAGUCUAAAGGCUCGUCUCUGGAUUGAGUUUGAAUCGGAGAAAGGCCUGGACUACGGGGGAGUGGCCAGAGAAUGGUUCUUCCUGCUCUCCAAGGAGAUGUUUAACCCUUAUUAUGGGUUGUUUGAGUACUCAGCCACAGAUAACUACACGCUUCAGAUCAAUCCAAACUCCGGCCUCUGUAAUGAGGAUCACCUCUCAUACUUCAAGUUCAUCGGUCGAGUGGCCGGCAUGGCUGUGUAUCACGGAAAGCUGUUAGACGGUUUCUUCAUUCGACCGUUCUAUAAAAUGAUGCUGGGCAAGCAGAUCACGCUGAAUGAUAUGGAGUCAGUGGACAGUGAAUACUACAACUCUCUAAAGUGGAUUCUGGAAAACGACCCCACUGAACUGGACUUGCGGUUCUGCAUUGAUGAGGACAACUUCGGACAGACGUAUCAGGUUGAUUUGAAGCCAAGUGGAUCAGACAUGGUUGUAACCAAUGACAACAAGAAAGAAUAUAUAGAUCUGGUGAUGCAGUGGAGGUUUGUAGACCGGAUCCAGAGACAGAUGACGGCCUUCAAAGAGGGUUUCUAUGAGCUGAUACCUCAGGACCUGAUCAAGAUCUUUGAUGAAAAUGAGCUGGAGCUGCUGAUGUGUGGCUUAGGAGACGUGGACGUCAACGACUGGAGAGAAAACACCAAAUACAAAAACAGCUACAACUCAAAUCACCCUGUUAUCAUCUGGUUCUGGAAGACGGUGUUGCUGAUGGAUGCAGAAAAGCGAAUCCGUUUGCUGCAGUUUGUGACGGGAACGUCCCGCGUCCCGAUGAACGGCUUCGCUGAGCUCUACGGAUCCAAUGGGCCGCAGUUGUUCACCAUCGAACAGUGGGGCACGAGGGACAAGCUGCCCAGAGCGCACACCUGAGCUCACACGUGUUUCAAUCGUCUGGACCUCCCCCCGUACCCCUCGUUCUCCAUGCUGUACGAGAAGAUGCUGACGGCAGUGGAGGAGACCAGCACUUUCGGUUUGGAGUGAAUGUCGAUUUUUGCACUUGUGUACGCCGAUCAAAAAUACUUCAUUUCCACGACCCGUCGAGGAACAGCGAAGGACGCAGCCACCUAAAACAGACACCAGAAGCACUUAGGCGUAUGUUUUGUACACCGCGUCACUUAAAAAUACUUCCUUGGAAAGCAACAGACAGAAAACGAACGGGCGAGCUGGACCGGGGGAUGUCCGGCUCCGGGAUGAAUCGAGGAGGGCGUGGAUUAAAACGAGGAACAACACAAACCCAAAGGACUUUGAUAUUCUCGCUCUCUUUUUAUCUGUAAAAAAAAGACUUUUCUACGGAGCGUCAAAAUGCGGCGCGAACGAACAAAUGCUGUGUUGUGAAAGCUUUUUCGAAUCGCCUCAAACGCUAUCACACACGACAGCGCCGCCCGCUAUACCGAACCGAAAUGUACGUGUCCUCUCUUCUUUUUAUCGCAUUUAUACGUCGGUCAUUCUCGUAGGUUCGUUUUGACGCCGCGUGCUUCUCGUCGUCAGGUUUGCGACACUUUUGAAUGAAUUCGGUUGCUUCUAUGCUUUCACGUGUGACGUUUUCAAAGGGCAUGUUAACACUGAAGUGCACUCGCAGACGCACUACAACAUCACGAAUGUGACCACUGUGCGCGAAGGAUAAAAAGACGAUUUUUUUUUGGACUUUACAGUCCAACCCAGGCCUUUCUGUUGUCUUCGGAUGACACCAUUUCGUUCACGAAGACAUUUGAAGUAAGAGAGCGGUCACAUCCCCACAGAAUAAAGCUACAAAAACACUCAAAGUCAGCAUGAAACCCGAAACGGACGCCAUUUGUUUUAUUGAUAUUGUGGUAUAUAAUAAAUGCCACAGUAUAACAGCUCGCAAUGCCAUUUCGUGUUGACUUUAUUAUUAUUUCCAUAUCCUUAUCUAGCUUUAGUGUGACGUUAACACAUCUCUGUUUCGUUUUUCGCUCCGACAGCGUUUUUUUUUUUUUGUAUGAUACGAAACUGGAAUAUCGAGCCCAUAUCAAUACAUUCCAGACUUUUACGAAACACUGCCGUGGCUGGAUCGUACUCUGAAUGUUUUCUAAUCUGAAUUUGAGUUGAUAUCGCUUCCAGUGAAAACUGGUGCAGUCGAAACUGCCAUGAGGCCCAUCGAAUUUUGGAAUAGCGAUGAAGACGGACGCGAGCAUAUCAUCUUUUGUCAGUUCGAUUGCGGCCGGCUAGAUCGUUGAUGCAAACCGGAUAGAUCUUUGUUAUUUUGUAUUAAGGCUUUUGCAGUGGCGUGCUGAUAUUUGUGCUGAAUGUACCAAAGGUUUAGGGCUGCCGUAGACCGUCCCGACCCUCUUUUGUCCAAGCUUUGUUUGAUUAAAAAAAAAGAAAAAAGCAACUAAAAAACAACGGCGUUAAUAAUAAAAGCUUUUUUUUGGAUGCCCCGGUUUUCCUCUUAAUUUAACUUUUUAGAGUAGCUUUUUCACAAUGUUUUACACAAUAUAAAAAUACCUAUACGAUGGGGAAACUAUUAUGCUUUUUGUUGUCGUUUGAAGAUGCAUUGAAAUUGCAUUGCUGAAUAUUUAUGUACGGUAUAUCCGGAGGUUUAAAGGAGCAGUUCAGCUAAAAAUGAAAUUUAUGUUAUUUAUUCGCCCUCUUUUUUGUGGAAGAGAAAAGUUAUUUCACAGAUAUCCAGAGACUGGGAAUGUAUAAAAGCAGCAUAAAAGUCCAACGUUUCUUGGAAGAAAGCAUAUUAUGUGAGUGAGGGUAAAUGAAUUUCUGUUUUUGGGUGAACUGUUCCUUUAAAUGUCCCCUGCCUUUCUAAAGACCAGAGGCUUCAGACUGAGAUCACACAUAAGUUCUGGCUUUCUGCUUUUGACUUUCUGUACUACUUCAAUCUUGCACCGUUCACGUGCUCUGAAAACAUGUGACUGUUGAUUGGAUAACGGUUUUCAGAGCUCCACAUUUGGGUUUUUCUCUUUUUUUGUUUCAGCACAGAUGAUUGUAUAAAGCUGUUUAUCUCACGGAAAA